UGACUGCCAUUUGAUUGCGUUAAUGUGGAUCACUGGAAACAAGCAUGAAACCUAUAAAUCUGAAGUGCAAAGAUUUAUUGCCAUUGCUCUAUGCACAUUUAAGUCCACUUUGUCACUUUCACAUCUAAGUAUUGCGGUGUUUUGUAUCCUGUGCUGUCUUCGUCUAAAUGGAAGGCAUAAAUAACACUUCACAAUCAAUGGGAGUUGGGCAACCUCACCAUCCAGUAAACCACACCAGACCCUUUUUCUAUGUUCAGCCACCAUCUCAGCCUUAUUUUAUGUAUCAAUGGCCCAUGAAUCCAUAUGGCCACUAUGGCUUUCCAGGGCCAGCUUUGCACUUUGGCCGUCCAUAUGUGGCCCCUUAUCAGUUUAUGCAGUAUCCUGGGUAUGUGAUGCCACAUGCGCCCAUGCAGCCUAUCGAUUACAGAAGAAUCAACCCCCACUUCCCCUCCGUUGCAUCCUACGAUUUGCGUGUCCGCCAACACUAUCAGCAUGCAGGGAUGCAUCGGGAGACUGCCUGUUCUGAGGUCCAAACAGAUCCUAGUGAUUCAGUCAACAAACUGUUAGACAAAAUUAAGAGUCUGAAGGCCAGUGAACAAGGUGGUGACAAGGGACUUAACACUGUGGUCUCCUCUACCCCUGAUGUAGUACAGGGAGAGCAACUGACCUGUUUAAAUGAAGACUCUAAGUUAGAGCUCGCCUCUCAGGAAGGUAAGGAGGAACAGGUCAAUCAGGUCACAAGGACCACAACCUACAGCGACUCUGCGUAUGAUGCUGAAUCUAGCCAGGGUAGACUGGAUGAAUGUGUGCUAUCAGAUGUGCUACCCCUUGACAGUUCCUCUGUCCAUGAGGAAGAGGAUGCCGAUGAUGAGCAACAAAGUGUUCCUGAUGAAACAUGCUGCCUAAAUGGAAAGUCAACAACCAGUGCAACUGGCAAUGUGCUCUGUAGUGGUGUCAAAGGCACUGCUGAUCCAACAGAGAACCUCGAUUUGGAGAAACCAGGUGAUGAGCUGGUACACAAUAUUGCAUCUACUGAUGCUGCUGCAGUUAUGGAGCAUCUUAUAAAGCUCUCUGAAGACUUUGACCUGCAGUAUCAAAUCCUUCGCUUGCCCUGCAAUAAGACAACAACUGGCCUCAGUCUUGAACGAGAGGUUGAUCCACUUGUUUACUUUGAUUCUCCGUCUACGCUGCUGCCUCCACAAAACUAUCUGUCCUCAAUCGGCAGUGCAUAUUCCUACAGCUACUACCCUCAGGUGACCCAAGAGCGCCAGAGUGUCCUGAGUCCGUCCAUAGAUGAGCUCUCUUCCAGAGAUGAAAUGUUCUCCACUGAUGUGGAGGAUCUCGAUCUCAUUCCGGGGCAUGUGUAUGUUGGUGGCGGCAAGCUGGCUGAAACCAGUGACGUUCCUGUUCGCUCCAGAAAAGAGCUCCUGAGUGUGGAGAAAACUUGCCCUGUCUGCCAGAAAAUGUGCGUGCGCUGCGGCUCAAGCUUGCAGGAUGAAGUAGGAAUGUGCAAAGUGGCCGAACACAGCCAUCUUGAGAGAGAUGAGGCGUCUGAUCAAGACUGCGAGUAUGACCUCAACGCAGAGGUGCGGAGUAACUGCGAGUCACCGAGAAUGCCCAAGAGGAAGUGUUGCAGUAGGCAUGUGCUGCCCUCUUGUGGGCAUCACUGUGCCAAACACCGGCACAGGAAGCUGCUGUGUGAAGGCCAAGAGAGCUGUGAUCUCCGUGAGCAGGCUCGUGUGCAUCCCAAAGGAGAGUGCUGUGAGGAGUGUGGCUCUCUGGCUAAAGCAGAUAAGCGAAUUCAAAAGGGUACCUUGUUUGUUUGUUUUAGGUGUGGUCAGCUCAUGCAAAAAUUAUUUUUAGAGCGACAAUGGAAAGAGGGUGUUGUCUCUGACCAAGAGAAUUGGGUGAGCUAUGGUGCCAAACCAAGAUCUUUGAGGCAAGUUAGUGGACCUCAAGAUCAAGGGAGGACUCCUUUGAGAAGGCCGACUUGUAAGACAGUCCACCAGCAAAGGCCAAGAAGUGAUUAUGAUGACUAUGAUGAGACCCAAUUUGCCUACUGCCAGAGAGGCAGAGGUGCUAUGAAGAAAAGAGGCACAAGAUACUAAACCACGAUGCACUGCUGUAAUACUUAAAUGUAUUACCCGAAACUUGUG